UCCCUUCACUGAGGGGAAAAAACGCGCGCGAGUGUGAUGGCGCUCGCACGCACCAGCAGUCACGCGGUCGCGCUCUCGUGCUGCUCUUCCCGCCCAUAGAGUGAGAGAGAGAGAGAGAGAGAGAGAGAGACUGCCGUUAGGCGAGCGGACAACACGGGGAAACGGCUCGGGGACAGGAGCGAGGAUACCAGGAGUGAACGGGGAUUCGACUCGAGGAGCUGCGCCAGACCACGGGAGGAUGGAGCAGGCAUAUGGGGCAGGAAAAGCCGGAGGUGCCUUCAGUCCGAUAGUGUUUAUCCAGCAGCCGCAGCCUAUCCUCCGUUUCGUGUCCUGGAUCUUCUCCAUUGUGAUUUUUGGCUGUAUUACCAAUGAGGGCUAUGUGAACACACCUGAAGAAGAGGAGGAGUACUGCAUUUUUAACCGUAACCAGAAUGCCUGUAACUACGGUGUGGCUAUGGGCUCCCUGACCUUUCUCACCUGUCUUGCUUUCUUGGCCUUGGACGCCUACUUCCCACAAAUCAGCGGAGUCAAAGACCGUAAGAAAGUCGUGAUGGCAGACAUCGGCAUCUCAGCCAUCUGGACCUUCCUGUGGUUUGUGGGCUUCUGUUUUCUGACCAAUCAGUGGCAGGUGACCAAUCCUGAGUACAACCCCUUAAACCAGGGUGCAGAUGCAGCAAGAGCAGCCAUCACCUUUUCCUUCUUCUCCAUCUUCACCUGGGGUGCGCUAACAUUUCUCGCCAUGGAGCGUAUGAAGAAAGUUUCGUUUGAAGAGGAGUACAACAAACUGUUCACCCCUCAUCCUCCUCCCCCGUUUAUCUAACAUGCUACACACACAGGGAACAGGUGCUGCUGUCCGUCCACCAUGAUGACCUCUCUCUCUCUCUCUCUCUCUCUCUCUCUCUCUGGCAUGACGUUCAUACAGUAAGAGGGCUGUCGUUGAAAUAUAUCAAUCUGAUCUGGUCUGAAGUCAGGAAUUGCACGAGGUAAAUGCAGAGUGUGUUGAAAGUAAAUCCCAUUUUCACAGGACACCAGAGUUGAUCAUGGGCUGGUAGAUAGUGUUUUUAUUGAACAACACAAUUACCAAAUACUCUCACUGGCCACUUUUAUAGGAUCACCUAUAUCAUUCAUGUAACUAUCCAAUCAGCCAAUCAUGUGGCAGCAGUGCAAUGCAUAAAAUCAGAUACUCUUGGACUUUUUACAGUUCUCAACUGUCCAGUUUCUUUAAGCCUGUCCCCUCAGAUUCCUGUUCUUGGUUGAUCGGAGUGGAACACGAUGAGGUCAUCUGCUGUUGUAGUCCAUCCACCUCAAGGAUCAGUGGGUGGUGAGAUGCUUUUCUGCUCACCGUGGUUGUAAAGAGUUAUUAUUUGAAUUACAAUUUAAAUUAUAAUCCUGUUCGCUCAAACCAGUCUGGCCAUUCUCCUCUGAUCUCUCUCAUCAACAAAACUUUCCACCCACUGCUCACUCUAAAGACUGUUGUGCAUGAACGUUCCAGGUGAUCAACAGAUUCUGAAAUAUUCAAACCCACCCAUCGGGCACCAACAACCAUGCCAUGGUCAAAGUCCCCCUUCUGAUGUUUGAUGUGAGCUUUAAUUUUAACUCGUGUCCUACAUAAAGAUAAGAUAAAAUAAAAUUUUAUCGAUCCCGAAGGGGCAGCACGGUGGUGUAGUGGUUAGCGCCGUCGCCUCACAGCAAGAAGGUUCGAGCCCCGUGGCCGGCGAGGGCCUUUCUGUGCAGAGUUUGCAUGUUCUCCCCAUGUCCGCGUGGGUUUCCUCCAGGUGCUCCGUUUUCCCCCACAGUCCAAAGACAUGCAGGUUAGGUUAACUGGUGACUCUAAAUUGACCGUAGGUGUGAAUGUGAGUGUGAAUGGUUGUCUGUGUCUAUGUGUCAGCCCUGUGAUGACCUGGCGACUUGUCCAGGGUGUACCCCGCCUUUCUCCCAUAGUCAGCUGGGAUAGGCUCCAGCUUGCCUGCGACCCUGUAGAAGGAUAAAGCGGCUUGAGAUAAUGAGAUGAGAUGAGAUGACUAAGAAGUUUCCUUAAACAUGUAUUAUACAUUACCCAUGGGGGAAGCCAAGGUCUAUUGGUUAGAGAAGCAACUUUGGGACCAAAAGGUUGCUGGUUCAAUUCCCUUAACCAGCAGGAUUGACUGAAGUGCCCUUGAGCAAGGCACCUAACCCCCAGGCUGCUCUGGGUGUGUUGUAUGUCGCUCUGGAUAAGAGCAUCUGCUAAAUGCCUUUAAUGUAAUUUAAUAAUUGCUCUGCUGCCACAUUUAAUUAAGCAUUAUUUUAUUGUAUUUUAUUCAUUUAGACAUCCAUGACACCUCGCCAUACAUUCCUUCACUUUGUACUUCUGAAACCUCUGACUGUCGCUUCAGAUAUGGCUUCAGCAAAUUUCCGAUUUAAAAUGUUUCACUCGACUCUUCAGAUGAAUCCACAGACGUAUUAAAAUGUGACAGGUUGAUUUUUUUUCGCUCGGCUGUGCUUUUGUGCCAGAUAAUGACAAAGGAACAUAAAGUGCCUUUAAUGUCCAUCAUCUUCAAAAUAGUAAUGUCUUCAAUUGAAGAAACAUCGUUCAGAACACCGGAGCCUGUUCUGCAAGCAUGCACUGUGUAUUAUGACUAAUUCAGUUAUUUCGUUCACUGAGCAAAACAAGCUGGACCAGCGGAAUCGGGUUCAUUUAAAAACAAACGUGUUUCAGCAGCCUGUGAUAAUGAUAUAAAUGUACCAGGGAAAUGAUCUUUUCUCUGUCUGCGUGUUUACACCUGUUGUCUAGAGGGCACUGUUUAUACAGGAUACUCCUGCUGUAUCAGUUUAACCCCUCAAACCUCCUGCUUCUUCACCGGGUUUUGGUUUUAAAGCCUUUUUCCUGACGACUACUGUGAAUCAUUCAGUAAUUGUAGUGGAACUGACUUAUGUAAAUCUGGAUCCAUGGGAUGUUUCAGCGGUUAAUUAUGUGAAAACAUUAUUAUAGGAUAAAAUAAUUAAAAAUAAACUAUAAUCAUUCAUUUUUUAAGUUUUUUUUUUUUUUUUUGGGGGGGGGGGGGGGG